GAGAGGACACUGAGAGACACUAAGAGAAAGUGUUUAUUGGGAUACCAAUGAGAAGAUAUUAUUACAAGAAACUAAUAUUAGUCUAAUAGUUAAAUAAUAUUGUUUGGGCUUAAAAAAUGUAUUUUACACACUUACUCACUGGUGGUGGUGGAGUUGUCUCAUAAGUUACAUUUCACUGCCACUGGAGGUUUAAGUGAAGUAGAUCGGAGGACUACACAGCACUUCAGACAGCUGACAGCUGAGGAGAGGCAGAAGGGGAGGGAGAGAGGAGGAAAGAGAGGAAUAUUGCCCCCGAGGGAUACUUUCGAGACUUCGGGUCAACCAAACAUCCCUGUCUCAUCCACCCAUCUACUCUAAAGGCAUGGAUGUCAGCAACGUCACCGUUGCCACCAUCACCGUAGCCGCGAGCAACCGGACGGACCUGAGCAGCGUGUUCACACGGCAGGUGCUCCCGGCGCUCUACCUGCUGAUCUGCGUGCUGGGCCUGGUCCUCAACGGCCUGGCAGCCUGUCUCUUCUUCCGCAUGCCCAGCUCCUCUGCACUGGUGGUCUACCUGAAGAAUAUGGUGGUGGCUGACCUGCUGAUGCUGCUCACCUUUCCCCCGCGCGUCCUGAGCGAGGCCAAGCUGGGAGGGCGCCCACUGGAGGUGGUGACAUGCCGCUACACAGCCGUGCUCUUCUACUUGAGCAUGUAUGCCGGCAUUGUCUUCAUGGGUCUCAUCAGCCUGGAGCGCUACGUCAAGAUCGUACACACCGCCUCCUCCUACUCCGCCCCAAAGUCCUCUUCCUCCGCGACGCUCACGUCGUUCAGAGCUAACAACACCUCCUUCUCCUGUUCCUCCUCGUCCUCCUCCUGCUCGGUGAUGCUGCACCACCCCGGGUGCGCGCAGGCCAUCUCCCUGCUAGCGUGGGCCCUCCUGCUGGUCUGCAUGCUGCCCAACUCCUUCCUGAGCAACAAGCCUCUGCCGCCCGACAGCCAGUGGAGCUGCAUGAAGCUGAAGAGUGAGCUGGGCAAGGCGUGGCAUCGCGUCUCGAGCCUGUUGGUGGUGGCCAUCUUCUGGGCCACGCUACUGCUGCUGGCCUUCUGCUACACCUCCAUUGCCCACCGUGUCUACCGCUCCUACCGACGCCUGCGCAGCACCAGUCUGCGCAAUGGUGGCACUGGCUGUAACAGUGUCGGUGGAGGCACCAUUGGCGGAGGUGGUGUCGGGGGCCAGACGGCGCGGCGCAAGUCCAACCGCAGCAUCCUCAGCCUCCUGGCGGUGUUCUUUGUCUGCUUUGUGCCGUACCACGUAUGCCGUGUGCCCUACACACUCAGCCAGAACCCGGACUACGGCUUCUCGGACAACAGCCGCUACGUGCUGUUCCAGGUCAAGGAGGCCACGCUCUUCAUGGCUGCCUUCAACGUCUGCCUGGACCCCGUCAUCUACUUCCUGAUGUGCCGCACCUUCCGGGAGAUGCUGCUGCACCGCACGGACUGCUGCCACCGCGGGGCGACCACGAGGCCGCGGCAGGAGGCCACCGCACGCCGAGGGUCUGUGUCUAACGGGGGUAGUGUCAGCAAUGUAUGAACAGAAGCCGUGGCCUAAAGGUUAAGGAGAUGGGCUUUAGAUCAGAGGGGUGCAAGUUCGAUUCCCAUCUUUCCACUCCCUACUUCACUCCAUGGCUGAGAUGACCUUGAGUAAGGCACCUAACCCCAUACUGCUCCAGGGCCUGUAACCAAUACCCUAUUCUUACAAAAAGACUGUAAGUCGCUUUGGAUUAACCCAUUGAUGCCUAAAGCACCUGCAAAAAGGCUGCUUAAUGCCUAGCCCCUUUUUAAGAAAAGUUGCCCUCAGCAUAUAAAAACCUAAAUAACUUAGCCUCUGAAGCACAUAAAAACAUGCUAUGAGUUGUAUUUUAAUGC